UGCCCCACAAACAGAGAUCAGUUCAAACAGUUGACAGAAGGAAAACAAACGCCUACGAAUCGCUACAAUGUUCCAAGUUAAGAAUUCAAUCGUUCUGGGCAUUCUUUUGUGUUCCGGUCUACUACAUUCAAGCUCUGCAGAUGAUGGAAGUCCUGUUAAGGAUUUCGCCACAUACGAAGAGGUGAAAGACUUACCAAACCAUCCAGAAAAGUAUUUAAUUGAAGUCAGGAGUCGGGAUAUGGUUGAAAAUGAUGGUGCCAUUCCGACAAGUAUAAACAUACCAUUCACCGAACUGGAAGCUGCUUUAAUGAUGGAGGACAACGAAUUCAAACAAAUAUACGGACGUGAAAAGCCACCCAAGGAUGCUGUUGUCAUAUUCACGUGCCUUGGCGGACAGUAUGCGCAGAUGGGAGCUGAUUUGGCCCGAUCUAAGGGCUGGGCAAAGGCUAAACCCUAUUUGGGCUCGUGGAUGGAAUGGUCAAAGAGGGAAGGCCUCUAAAAUCAACUGAUACAUGCAAUGUACGAAGUAACCAAUCGCAGGCGAAGCAAUACAAAUUUACAAUAGUUAUAUAUUAUAGGGCUCCUCGAACCUCUUCUUUAUUUAUUAAAUUACAAUUUUAAUAGCGACGUUUACAUGUAAAUAAAACCAACAUCGAUUUAAGGUUGCAUUCAAAA